UUUCGCUAAUUGCCACGAUGACAGCAACCUUGUUCGACGAGUCCCAAUAUUCCUCGCUAGAGGUCUACGCCGACGCACUCAAUGCGCAGUUGGAAAGAAAGACAGCACAGGAGAUCGUACAGUGGACGUUUGACACUUUUGGUGAACGAACGGUGCUGAGCUCGAGCUUUGGCAUCCAGUCGGCCGUCAUGCUGCAUCUGACACGCAGUGUGAGCAAGAAUAUCCCCGUCGUGUGGGUGGACACGGGAUACCUGCCCAAGGAAACGUACCAGUUUGCGGCACACCUGACCAAAUUGCUAGAUCUGGACGUACGCGUGUACCAGUCGCCGAUCACACCCGCGCGAAUGGAGGCGCUCUACGGCAAACUGUACGAGAUCGAAACACCGGAAGCGCAUCGUCAGUACGGCUUCAUGCGCAAGGUGGAGCCCAUGCAACGCGCUCUUAAGGAGCUGAACGCUGCGGCGCUGCUCGUAGGCGUACGCGCAGACCAGACGCAGCACCGCCAGCAUAUGAAGCACGUUAACGUGUACGAAGGUCGCCUCAAGAUCUGCCCUAUUCUUAAUUGGAGCAAGCAGGAGGUUGAGCAGUAUAUGACUGUAAACCGGCUAGAGUAUCACCCGCUCAAGGCACAGGGCUACGAGAGUGUUGGUGACGCCCACUCUAGUCGCCCUGUGACUGAGGCGGACAAGGGCAACGACCGUGCUGGAAGAUUCAACGGCAAGCAGCAGGAGUGCGGACUGCACUUGGACAUGCACGAUAUGAAGCUCGAGGACUUUAAAUUCGACGACCCAUUGGCACUCUCGGAGCAAGACCAGGAGCUGCUGAAGCUCACGAAGCGAGCAAAAGGUAUCACAAUAUUCACUAAGCCCACGUGCAAAUACUGUCUGGCUGCCAAGGACGUCAUGCGCGAGCGCGAGUGGGAGUUCGACGAGGUGAGCGUCCCCACCGAAGUAUCUAUCCAGGCGCUACAGCAGAUCGUCGGCAAACCUGUCAAAACUGUGCCCCAAAUCUUCCUGGACGGCAAAUAUAUUGGCGGAUACACCGAGUUUGUCGAACACCUCGACAUCCCGUCGCGCUUCGCCUAAACUGCAACCCAUUCCAGGCAUAAAAUAAAAAUAUUCCGAUAUGAAAGAAUAUAUUGUUCUUGUUUAGCUGCUUUCAAUGGAUACCGCACUCGCUUCGCCUCC